AUGUCUCUGUUUGCGGAGAGCAGCUUGUCCGGCGCCACGACCGACACCUCGUCGACCCUCGCGUCUUCGAGCUCGACGCCUCCGACCACCCUCUCCGACACUGACAGCCAGCACUCGGACGCCCCUAAACACGACGUAAUCACCGUGGCCGACGAUGCUAUCCGCGCCGCGCCCGUCCAGGCCCAGGAGCCCUCGCCCUGCCAGUCGCCUCCCGCUCCGAGUCGACCACGACGCACACGUGUCUCGGAGCCCGUUUACAACCUGUCCAGGCUGAGCGGCACCGCCGACCACGGAAAAAGACGCGCCAAUGGCGAUGCUGUGGCCGACAAGCGCCGCCGGACCAUCUCCGGAGACACCUUGGUUGGCAGCAUCGAGGUUGCUGGUGACGGGUCCUCCAAGGCCCAGCAUAAAGAUAAAGCCCUAAAGGCAGGCAUUGACGCGUUGAAUCUUCAGUGGUCGCCCGAGAGCUUGCAUACACCACGCACACGCCGCCAGGCUCAAGCUUCGCCGCGUCCCUUGCGGACCUCGUCGCGUCGGAAUGCCGUGUCCUCCAUUGCCACCACACUGACCAGCAUGGGUAAGAAGGGGCGCAAGGCUGUCAACAUGGGAGUCGCCAAGAUGUCGCGUGAGCUGCGGCGGCUGCAAGACACCAAUGAGUUCUCCGGCAUCGACGACCGUCCCGUCAUCCAUACCAUUUGGGCGAAUGGCAAGUUUGUUGAUCCCAAUGCACCACCGCCCGAGCCAGCCCGCAAAAAGGCCAAGGUCCAAGAUCCUGCCGAGGAGGACGAGUCCGACCAAGAAGAGCAGGAGCCCAUCACCACCACUAAGAAGAAUCGUGUCAAGAAAUAUCUCGACAAGGGCCUCUACGCCGGCCAGGAAAUGCCCGCGGAUGUGUUCAAGGGUCUCACCGCGAGUGAAAAGAAGAAGCUUGCCAGCCUGCCGGAAUUGGCCCCCUCGGGCCGCGUGAAUACUACCAUGCCUUCUCCCAUCUACACGGGCUUGCGCAUGUUGAUUGCUGGGCGCGAUUUCAAGCUCCCCUUCAACACCUGCAACCCGCUCCCGCCUGGCCAACCCAAACCAGAUGAAUGGAAAAAGAUGACCAAGAACCGAUUUAUUGGUGACUCAAAGGAUUAUUGGCGCAAGAUGCCUCACAUGCACGACUUGUCAAAAAUUAUGCUCUACGAGUGUGAUGCUGGUAAUUGCAAUAUUGGAAAGGAGCUUUGCACCAACCGCUCAUUCAGCGAUCUAGCCGCUCGGCGCUCCAAGGGAGGCAAAUAUAGAGUUGGCGUAGAAGUGAUAAAGACGCCAGAUCGUGGCUACGGCGUUCGAAGCAACCGCUGCUUCAAAGCAAACCAGAUCAUCAUGGAGUACACUGGAGAGAUUAUUACAGAGGAGGAGUGUGAGCGCCGCAUGAAUGAAGAAUAUAAGAAUAAUGAGUGCUACUAUUUGAUGAGUUUCGACCAGAACAUGAUUAUUGAUGCCACUACCGGCAGCAUCGCUCGAUUUGUUAACCAUAGCUGCAACCCCAAUUGCCGCAUGAUCAAAUGGAUUGUCUCGGGACAGCCUCGCAUGGCUCUUUUUGCUGGAGACCGGCCCAUCAUGACGGGGGAUGAACUCACCUACGACUACAACUUUGACCCCUUCUCCGCCAAGAACGUGCAGAAAUGCCUCUGCGGUGAACACAACUGCCGCGGAGUCCUGGGCCCGAAACCACGUGACGUGAAGCCUGCCAAGGCGGACAUCAAGAAGACUGUCAAGGCAACUGUCAAGGCUGGGAAGCGCAAGCUGAAGGAGCUCAUUGGAGAGGAGGAAGCCGAAAACGGGAAAGCAAAGAAGCGCAAGAUUGUGCCUGCCACCGGUGUACAGCGUUCCAUUUCGAAUGCCAGCCUCAAGGCCGCCAAGGGUGCUGCCACGGCCUUGAAGAAGGGCGUGUCGUCCAUUACGGCCAAGGGAAAGAAGACGAUGGCGAACAAGUCUCCUGUCCAGAGACGCGCCAGCACGGGCGGCGCCGUCAUCAAGAAGAAGACUACCACGAAGCUGGUCAAGAAGAAUGGCCCUGGAGGCCGAGUUGGCCAUGUUUCGUCGCGAGCUGCAAGCAUGACCAUAGUGGCUGUUGCUGAUGAGGAUGCCAAGCCUGGUAAGAAGGGCAAGGUGGUGUCUCCCGCCGGGGCUAAGCGGACGCUUACUGCGUCCAGCAAGGUCUCGCGCGUGUCGUUUAGCUCAACCGGGCGUGUUCUUAAGCCUUCGCCCAAGGCUAAGAUUCGAAUGGUGCCCCAGGAGUAG